AUGAACCCAAACCAAAAGCUUCAGCCAAAUCUGCAACCAGGGAUCCCUUCACAGCAGAUUUUGCUUCAGCAGUUGCAACAGGGCCAACCUCAGUCUCAGCCUCAAUCCAAUACCUCUGGGUCAUCAUAUCCUGAUGGUUUAUACCAGGAAAAUCAGUACUAUCAAAGAAAUGGCAACUCAUUCAACCUGGCCCCAGGGCCGGGUUUCUUCCCACCUCAACAUUUCCAACAGAAUCAAGGGCAGGCGCAGGGAGAUCAGUUCCGCCAGAAUAUCCAACAACCCCCUAAUUUGAAUCCGCAGAAGUUCAUGAAUCAGCAGGUCAACAUGUUGCAAUCACAGCAGCCACAACAGCCCCAACUGCAACCUGCGCAAAGUCAACAGCAAUCCCUGCAAGUCCAACAGCCUGGGCAAGCUCUGAGCGUACCGAUCUCCGCUGGAGGGUUUCAGCCUUCUGUGCCCAAAGUGAAUGCAAUCAACGUUGAUGAUCCCAACACCAUAUACUGGCAACAUCAAGCUCAGUUGUGCCAACUAUCUCGAAGCGAGGACAUUCCUCACUUUUAUGCCAAACAAUAUGCCCAAAACUCGAGGAAAAACAAGAAUCCCUAUAACGAAGUUAAGACUGUCUCGUUGAUCGAGGCUACCAAGACAAUUGUGAACGCGUUGAAGGAACAGGAGAAGCAGCAACUCGCUGCUCAAACCCCCAACACGCCUGCAGCGUUAAUGAGAAAUAAAAAGAUGGAUUUGGAAGAAGACGAGGAACAGAGGCUCAUGGCAAGGACUCAUGGUAAGCAAUUGUGGUGCCAUUUGGAUAUGUCUGGUCAGGGUUUAUUGAACAUCCUGCCAAAGUUGUUUAGAUAUGACUUCUUGGAAAGUCUUUAUUUGAAUCACAAUAAGCUUACAACGAUUCCAAAACAGAUCAAAGAGUUACGGGGGUUGAGAGUGUUGGAUUUAUCUCACAAUAGAAUCACCGAAGUUCCUCCAGAGUUGGGUCUCUGUUAUAACUUGCGUUAUCUUUACCUUUUUGACAAUAACAUCAAAACAUUACCUAUUGAGUUCAGAAACUUGAUAGAGUUGUUAUUCUUGGGUAUUGAAGGCAAUCCAAUUGAUUUGAAGAUCGCAAACUUGGUUGCAGAGAGGGGUCCCAAAGCCCUCAUCAAUUACUUCAGGGACAUGGAACCUACGUACUCAGAACCUAAGCCAAGAUCAUGGCUUUUGUUGACAGAGGAUGGAGAGAUCAUCGAUCCUGUCACGAAUCCAGGAGCGUACUCGGAAGAUCACGCUGAUAAGGGUACUUCGGAGACGUUCACAUUGAUGUCCUACAAUACUUUGUGUCAGCACUAUGCCACCACAAAGUUGUAUCUGUACACACCUUCUUGGGCGUUGGAUUGGGAGCAUAGAAAGAAUGCAUUAAAAGAAGAAAUCCUUGGUCUCGCAACCGACGUUAUCUGUUUGCAAGAGGUUGAAACAAGAACAUUUCAAGAGUUUUGGAUGCCAAUCUUGCAUGAAGUUGGAUACAAGGGUUUCUUUUUCAGUAAGACAAGAUCUAAGACCAUGGGUGAAGUUGAAUCGAAGAAAGUCGAUGGUUGCGCUACAUUUUUCCGUGCUAACAAGUUCCAAUUCAUACAGAAGCAGAACUUCGAAUACAACACUGUGUGCAUGGGCUCUGACAAGUAUAAAAAGACCAAAGAUUUGUUCAACAGAUUUAUGAACAAGGACCAUAUUGCUUUGAUUGUGCAACUACAGCAUAUAGAGACAGGCGAAAAGAUCAAUUUGGUAAACACUCACUUGCAUUGGGACCCAGCCUUCAAUGAUGUCAAAGCGUUGCAAGUUGGUAUUCUUUUAGAAGAGUUGCUGGGCGUGAUCAAGAAGUUCAAUGGAACUUCAAGUCAAGAAGAGGUGAAAAACUCUUCAGUAAUAAUUUGUGGUGAUUUCAAUUCUACCAGAUCGAGUGCUGUGUAUCAAUUGUUUUCUACUGGUUCUGUUUCAAAACACGAAGACUUGGAAGGCAAAGACUAUGGUAAGUUUACGGACGAAGGUUUCCAUCACUCGUUUAAGUUGAAGUCUGCUUACGACCAUAUCGCAGGGGAUUUCCCUUUCACCAAUUACACCCCAACAUUCACCGACGUCAUAGACUACAUCUGGUACACCACUUCAACUUUACAAGUACAGGGAUUACUCGGAAAAGCCGACGAAGAGUACAUGAGUCAUCACAUUGGUAUUCCAAACGCGCAUUUCGCUUCUGACCAUAUCCCACUUGUGACUAAGUUCAAGUUGCGUAAGAAGGGUGCAUCGGCCAAGAAACCUGAUUUCAAGCCGGAUUUCAAAGGCGGCUCCUCGAGAAAGACGUGA